GUUGCCCUGGUAACACUCAGCGUCCUCUGCGCGCGGGGCACAUACGGAGAGGAAGAUGGAGGAGAAUGUUAUGAAAGACGUCGAGACUGGUAGUGAGGCCGGUGGAGAGGAUGCCUUGGUGGGCAACGUCAACAAGCUGACGGUCACCCCACCAGGGUACCCUGGGGCCCAGCGGAAAGGACACCUCGUCUUCGAUGCUUGCUUCGAGAGCGGUAACCUUGGCCGAGUCGACUACAUCAGUGAGUUUGAGUUUGACCUUUUCAUCCGGCCUGACACCUGCAACCCACGCUUCAGAGUCUGGUUCAACUUCACCGUGGAGAACGUCCGCGAGACACAGCGGGUCAUUUUCAACGUGGUGAACUUCUCAAAGACCAAGAGCCUGUACCGAGACGGCAUGUCCCCCGUGGUCAAAUCCACCAGCAGACCCAAAUGCAACAACGGAGGCUGGAUCUGCUGACCAUCACAAACCCCGCUCACCCGAGUCCAGAAAGGGGGAAGAAGCUGGUUUUCCUCACGUCCCGCGUCCACCCUGGGGAGUCUCCGGCCUCCUUCGUGUGUCAAGGGGUGAUUGACUUCCUUGUGAGCCAGCAUCCUGUGGCUCAGGUUCUGAGAGAUCAUGUGAUCUUCAAGAUUGUACCAAUGCUCAACCCCGAUGGAGUCUACCUCGGAAACUACAGGUGUUCCCUGAUGGGUUUCGACCUGAACCGGUACUGGCAGGACCCCUCCCCGUGGGCCCACCCCACUCUGCACGCCGUCAAGCAGCUCAUAGUGCAAAUGAACCAGGACCCACGGGUGAACCUGGAGUUCUACAUCGACGUGCACGCCCACUCCACCAUGCUCAACGGCUUCAUGUACGGCAACGUCUUUGAGGAGGAGGAGCGCGUCCGCCGGCAGGCCGUGUUCCCCCGGCUGCUCUGUCACAACGCGCCCGACUUCUCCUUGUCCAGCACGUCGUUCAACCGGGACACGGUGAAGGCGGGCACGGGCAGGCGCUUCCUGGGCGGUCUCCUUGACGACUCCUCCUACUGCUACACUCUGGAGGUCUCCUUCUACAGCUACAUGACCGCCGGGAGCACGGCCGCAGUCCCUUACACAGAGGAAACAUACAUGAAGCUGGGCAGGAACGUGGCGCGGACGUUCCUGGAUUACUACAAACUCAACACCCUCAUAAAGGACAACAGACCCGCUCACAUUCAGAGCUCUGAGGUGAUGCUGCAGACAGGCUGUGGGAAUGGAAAGACCAACACAGGAGAGAGGGAGAAGACUGAAGGCGAGAAGGAGAGGAAGAGCCAAGGCAUCAGACAUUAGAAAUACCAGGAGAUGGACAGCAGGAGAGGACAUCAGAUGGACAGGGAGAAGAGCUCGCCGAUGGUGUGGACAGACAACAUAGAAAGGCGCACAGAUAGGCCGAAUGUAAUGCAAAGGCAGAGCAUUUGUGUUUCUCAUACUUAGAAAGGGGGAAUAUGUGGUUUUUGCAGGACUUUUAUAAGGGCAGCUCUGGUACACUAUUAUAGUUUGUGGGUCGUGACAGGUUUCAUUUGGAGUGUUAAAUGCAUGCAGAAGGACUAGUUGAAUCAUGAUUUGAAGCCUUCGUUUAGUUUGCACUUAUGUGUGCUGGAUGUCCCAGUGUGCUUCACUUUGCCUUCACUUUGAUUUGCUCUUCAAUCUGUAUAUAAAUGCAUGUCUUCCAUUUUUUUCAUGAUAUUUUCAGUCAUGAUUCUGAUUGUUGUUUGAUGAUGGUGAUGGUUGUUGGUAACAAUUAUGAACAGGACAUAAUUUUGCUCAAUCUAGUGUAUAACUACAUGUUUGUGGCUGUACGCUUGUCAUCAUGGAAAUAGGCUGUAAGCCUAUGGAAGUUUCUUCAGAAUUAAUAAAGCAAGAACUUUAGUGUACGUAUAAUGCAAUUUCAGUGUAACAAAUAAAAUUGUUUUUGUUAUACAUAA